UGGCAGCAGUGUCACGUUUACUGGAGAAGAAGUUCCAGACUGUUCCUGUGCCGGAACGUGGCUCUCUUCCUGAAACGCAUACAGUGUCUUUGAGACUAUUGCAAGGUUAUGGCUGAUACUGGCCAAGGUGUCUACGACGUGGCUGGACGCGCGCAUCAUGUGCAUAUCGUGGAUUGGACGAGCGUAGGAUGAGAUGAUACGCUACGCGGGGCAUAUGCGGUGUGCUAUCAUCCACGCACAUGAACGGUAUAACGAUGUUGUGCAGCUGUACGAUGCCCUGAAACAUUCAUUACCUAAGCAUCAACGCCAUUUCAUCCCUCCCUCCAAAAAGUCACCCUUCUCGCACGACCAGCUUUACUCGAUCGGCGCCAGAGGCAACUGCAGUAUUGGCUCGGCGCGGUCCUCCUGCACCCCGAGAUUGGUGCAUGUCGGACUGUAAGGUAGUGGGGUAUGGAUCAGGCAAGGAUUAGGCGUCUGAUCAUGCGUGAUGUUUGGUUCAUGGUCAGUGCAUGAGGUGAGUUGCCACGUUACGAAUCAUAUUUUUUCUUUAUUGCACUUUAUUCCAGAUACUACCCUAUAUACCACUU